UACAACAAAGUAGACCCAGGACCCCCCUGUGCUAGGCUUUGCACAAAGGCUGAACAGAGGCCGUAGGUGAUUACAGAGGGAUGGUGACUAAAAGGAAGAGGGGAUACAAGGGUGUUGUUUCAGAUAAAUGGAAAGGAAUUGCAGAAUAGGAGCGGUUACAAGGGAAAGAAGAGGUGCUUUUCCCACAUGAAUACCAGAAGAGUAGACAGUUAAAAGAAGUGACUGCUGUGGAGGACAGCAUGACCACCAUGAAAGGAAGCUGCCUCUUCUCACUGCUGUUGGCAGGACUUGGGGUAUUAGGAAUACUGGAGCCAACAACAACAGAAGAUAUGCACUGCCACAGAGCUGAGCACCCAAUUAUUGCAUACAAAGAAAUUGCCCCUUGGUUACAUGUGUUCAAAGCAGAAGAUGCUGUGGACUUCUCACAGUUAACAUUUGACCCAGGACAAAAAGAGCUUAUUGCUGGAGCAAGAAACUACCUCUUCAGAUUGAACCUUGAGGAUCUCUCUCUAAUACAGGCAGUGGAGUGGCAAUGUGAUGAAGCUACUAAAAGAGCCUGUUACAGUAAAGGCAAAUCAAAGGAGGAAUGCCAGAACUAUAUUCGAGUGCUUCUUGUGGGAGGCAAGCAUCUCUUCACCUGUGGAACCAAUGCCUUCACUCCAAUCUGCACCAAUCGAACGUUAAGUAACUUGACAGAGAUACAUGACCAAAUCAGUGGCAUGGCUCGUUGUCCUUACAGUCCCCAGCACAACUCCACUGCUCUUCUCACUUCCAGUGGGGAAUUAUAUGCUGCUACAGCCAUGGAUUUUCCAGGAAGGGAUCCUGCUAUUUAUCGAAGUCUGGGGGCUCUUCCUCCUCUCCGGACUGCCCAGUACAACUCCAAGUGGCUGAAUGAGCCAAAUUUUGUGUCAUCUUAUGACAUUGGGAACUUUACUUACUUCUUCUUCCGGGAGAAUGCGGUGGAACACGACUGUGGGAAAACAGUAUUCUCUCGUGCUGCUCGGGUGUGUAAAAAUGAUAUUGGUGGCAAGUUUGUGCUGGAGGAUACCUGGACUACCUUCAUGAAAGCUCGUCUGAACUGCUCUCGCCCUGGAGAAAUUCCAUUUUACUAUAAUGAACUUCAGAGCACUUUCUUCCUGCCAGAAUUGGACUUGAUCUAUGGAAUUUUUACCACUAAUGUGAACAGCAUAGCAGCCUCAGCAGUUUGUGUUUUCAAUCUGAGUGCCAUAACUCAGGCCUUUAAUGGACCCUUCAAAUACCAGGAAAACUCCCGAUCUGCUUGGCUUCCGUAUCCCAAUCCUAACCCUAAUUUUCAGUGUGGCACCAUGGAUCAGGGUUUGUAUGCAAAUCUGACUGAGAGAAAUCUUCAAGAUGCUCAAAAAUUCUUCUUAAUGCAUGAGGUUGUUCAACCAGUUAUUCCAAUUCCUUACUUCAUGGAAGACAACAGUCGAUUUUCCCAUGUGGUUGUGGAUGUUGUGCAGGGCAAGGACAUGCUUUUCCAUAUCAUCUAUCUCGCCACAGACUAUGGUACUAUUAAGAAGGUACUUGCCCCAAUGAACCAGACUUCAAGCAGCUGCCUGCUCGAGGAAAUUGAACUCCUGCCGAAAAGUCAGCGAGAGCCCAUCAGGAGCCUUCAGAUCUUACACAGCCAGAGUGUUCUUUUUGUGGGCCUUCAGGAACAUGUGAUUAAGGUCCCCCUGAAGAGAUGUCUCUUUUACAAAACAUACAGUGCAUGCAUUGGAUCCCAAGACCCCUAUUGUGGCUGGGACAUGGUGAUGAAGAAAUGCACAACACUGGAAGAAAGUCUGAGUAUGAGUCAAUGGGAGCAAAGCAUUACCGUGUGUCCAAUGAGGAAUCUGACAGUGGAUGGACAUUUUGGAACAUGGUCACAGUGGAAACCUUGCACCCACACUGACGGUGCCAGUGUUGGCUCCUGCGUCUGCAGGACACGUGUGUGUGACAGUCCUGCUCCUCAGUGUGGAGGUUGGCUGUGUGAAGGACCAACUAUGGAGAUUGCCAACUGUUCCAGAAAUGGAGGCUGGACACCAUGGACAUCUUGGUCACCUUGUAGUACCACUUGUGGAAUAGGCUUUCAAGUUCGUCAGCGUUCCUGCAGCAAUCCAACCCCGCGCCAUGGAGGACGCGUCUGUGUGGGACAGAAUCGUGAGGAGAGGUACUGCAAUGAGCAUUUGUUGUGCCCCCCUCAUGUAUUUUGGACAAGCUGGGGUCCAUGGGAGCGCUGCACUGCUCAGUGUGGAGGAGGGAUCCAGGCACGGCGUAGGACAUGUGAAAAUGGUCUUGACUGCCCUGGCUGCAGCGUGGAAUAUCAGCCUUGUAACACCAACGCCUGCCCAGAGUUAAAAAAGACAACUCCCUGGACACCUUGGACCCCAGUCAAUAUUUCAGACAAUGGUGGUCACUAUGAACAACGUUUCCGAUACACCUGCAAAGCGCGCUUGCCUGACCCAAAUUUACUGGAGGUGGGAAGGCAACGGAUUGAAAUGCGCUACUGUUCCAGUGAUGGCACCAGUGGAUGCUCGACAGAUGGAUUGCCAGGGGAUUUCUUGCGUUCUGGACGAUACUCUGCUCAUACCAUCAAUGGUGCCUGGUCACCCUGGUCUCCAUGGUCUCAGUGCAGUCGUGACUGCAGUAGAGGUAUACGGAAUCGCAAACGGGUCUGCAGCAAUCCUGAACCCAAGUAUGGGGGACUUCCUUGCCUUGGCCCAUCUCUAGAGUACCAGGAAUGCAACAUUUUGCCUUGUCCAGUGGAUGGAGGCUGGUCUUGUUGGUCAUCUUGGUCAAAGUGCUCAGCAACUUGUGGAGGAGGGCAUUACAUGAGAACCCGUUCCUGUACAAACCCAGCACCAGCAUAUGGAGGAGAUAUCUGCCUUGGACUGCACACUGAAGAAGCACUCUGCAACACACAGCCCUGCCCAGACAGCUGGUCCGAGUGGUCCAAGUGGUCCGACUGUGACUCAUCUGGCUUCCAGACCCGCACUCGUCAGUGCAUCAUUUUAUUUCCUGUAGGUAGCCAGUGCACGGGCAACACCACAGAGAGCCGAACCUGUGCUUUGGACUCCAACUUUAUACCAGAAAUAUCUGUGGCACGAUCCAGCAGUAUAGAAGAGAAACGAUGUGGCGAGUUCAACAUGUUUCACAUGAUCGCAGUGGGAUUAAGUAGCUCAAUACUUGGUUGCCUUCUUACCCUGCUUGUUUACACUUAUUGCCAACGGUAUCAACAACAGUCCCAUGAUGCAACUGUCAUCCACCCGGUGUCACCAGCUCCUCUCAAUACCAGCAUUACCAACCACAUCAACAAACUGGACAAAUAUGAUUCUGUAGAAGCCAUCAAGGCAUUUAACAAAAACAACCUGAUUCUGGAGGAGAGAAACAAAUACUUCAAUCCACAUCUUACUGCAAAGACUUAUUCUAAUACCUAUUUUACAGAUUUCAAUAAUUAUGAUGAGUACUAAUGGGCUUGUGUAUUUUCUGGCCUCCUGUAACUCCCCAGUCCCCAAGGCCUGUGCUACUUGACUGCUCAUGUGAUUGAGGCUUCAGAGGUGAAGUUCAGAGACAUUUCAAGCACGAUCCAAGCCAUCAAUGUCCCAUUGCUGCCAAAAGCCCAAACCACCUGUUUGUGACACGAUGUUUUCUUUGCAGAGCGCAAGAUUGGCCGUCAGUGUUGGGGGCAGCUGUAGCCCCUCAGUGUCGCUGGACUCCUCAUGAGGAUUGUAUUGCUUCACUCAGUUUCAUAAAUUUCCAGUCAGAUUUCUCUAACAAGUGACUAAGUAAUUCCUGAGUUUUAAAGAGAAAUAAUAAUGUUACCCUUUAAACCCCUACCAGGAGUACAAAUCUAAUUUUCUUUUUAGGCAUUGUCUUUUAUUUUCUUGAGAUUUAAAAAGGGAGCUUUGCUGUUAGCCCUCUGUGCAGUCUCCUGAAGCUCACAUCGGUGGAAAGAGCUCACAGGUUGCUGGGAAUGAGGAUAAGAAAAACGUGAUGGUUUAGUGAUCCUCUGCAGCAGCUCUGGGCUCUGUGAGCUGGUCUUGGGCUGUAAAUCACUCUGGCUGCAGUUCAGCUGUUCAGACUGUGGAGACUAAGGCUGUACCAAGGGAUACAAUCUUGUAAUUAACCCAGACACCUCCAGGGUCAGUGGUUUCCAGUUGUGAGCCGAGCCCUGUCACAUAAAGCCUUCACCUUGUUCAGUUUAAUUUUUGGAAGGAUGUGGAAGGGCAUGUCCCACAGGGAGACUGAUGGAGGAGGGCAGAUGGGAGAGGCACACUGGAAGGUUUUUCUGUGUGUUGUUAGUAAAGCAGCCUUGCAGCAGCGUGCGGGUUUGCGCAAGUUGUGGCAUUCCACAGGCUUCCUCUCCUUGGUGCGUGCAUAUGGGAACACACUUGUCUCUGCUGUAGCACUCACCAUCAGGCUGAUAUCACAGAACGAUAUGGCUGCACCGCCUUUUGUGUGCUGUCUCUGACUCCUGGGAGUAUGUAGGUAUAAUCAUAGAUCUGCUUUUUUUCUUUCCAGCUUUUACUUUAUAUGCACGUCUGACAAACAAGGCUGGCUCAGAAAGCAUAGAAAUAUUUGCAAAGCAUUGUCUCAUCUUGUUGCCAUGUCUGACCCACGUCAGUUAACCCCUAGAGGAACAUUCUUAUGGUGUUUUAAGUGAUGAUCUUGUUGUAAAUAUUUAAAAUACUGUUUGAGUUUUAAGUUAUCAGUUUUAAUUCUUUUUAUAGUGGCAGGUAAGGAAACACAAAGAAGUUUUAUACCAUUUUUCUUUGUUCCAUCUGUCUUCACCCACAUUCAUGACAUUAUUUUUGUAUCUGAAAUUCCAGAUGUAUAACUAAAAAGAAAAGGGCAGGGAUUUGGGUCAGAUUUUUCAGACUGUGUAGUGAUAAGGCAGCAUUUGCUAUUCUCAUAAGCUUGUGAGAAGAAAUUACAAGUGAAUAUUAAGGAUUAAAGAACUGGACUUUCAUUUUCUUGCUAAAAUCAAAGAUCAUCAUACUAGAAUGCUAGGGAGGCAUGCAAGGAGAAGUAGAAUGGAAAGAUUUCCAUUCUGUGUUUAAAGCCCUUGCUAAUUAGGUUAUGUUAUGAUAGGCAAAUAGAGAAAAACAUGUACAGAUUAUAAUGAUUCACAACUAUGUACAAAACCAGCAAAAAGUACCAAGAAACAUUGAUCAUGUGAGACUGCAUUUGAGCACCACUUUGGUGGUCCAGCCAUCUACAUAGCAAGGGUAAACACUGUAUGUACUGAUGGCAGUGAGCUACAUUUUUGAAUGGGGAUAUAUCUGAAUGUAGCAGUCUCUAUUCUACAAAAAAUUCAAAGCAAGUGGUCUUUAAAAAGCUGUGCAGUAAAAUGAAUGCACAUUUACCAUCUGUGAAAAUAAUUAAGAUCAGCCACCUAUUUUUUGCAGCUGAAUAGUUCUCCCUGUUACUAGCUCAGUCAAAUAAAAGCACCUCACCUUCACACCAGUUCAUCUCCAGAAAGUAUAAUAGUGCUGGUUCUGUAUAAUUUGUGAUUUUUUUACUGUACAUUAGAUUUGGUUUCCCAGGAAGAAAUUAGCUGAUUGCCCUGGGGAAGAGAAAAUUUUCUCUGCAAGAGAUAGAGGGGGAAAAGGCUCUCCAAAUCAUAACCAGUCUGGUAUUUGAGUUGGUAUAUUCAUGCCAAAAGAUAAAAUUUUAUAUUUAAAUAAGAUAAAAUAAAAUCUAUAUUUCUGCUACUGCCAAGAAAAAACAGCACAUGUACAUACACUCAUAUGUGAAACACUGUUCCUUUCUGCCCCUGUGUUAAGAGCACAUUAGUCCAGCUUAUGGAUUUUAUAUUUAGAUUUCUAGUUAUGAGACCAAUAUCUUAAAAAUAAUUGAAAUAUGUACUUUUAUUUUAACCUUUUUUAAUUAAAAUUACUGAAAUUACCUUUUUUUUUCCUAACUCUUCAGUAGUUUGAGGCACGCCUAUCUUUACAGUGAUCUAUUUUCCAUUCUUUUCCUGGAUAAAUACAUAUGUUAGAUACAUGUUAUAUAUGUGGUAAUAAUACCCUAGGUGAAGUCUGCAUAAUCAUAGGUAGAAGUGCAUUUAGCAGAUGCUCAGUCUGCUCACACUUCCAUCUCCCAAAGGAGUAUUUCAGGUGUUCCGUGUCUUUGAGCAAUUCCCAUGUUAUUGAAGCACCAUGCCAACUUGUCCAGAAAGUGAUUCUUUUAAGCUAUUUUUCUGUCAUUUAGCUUCCUAAAUUUCAUUGUUCUAUAUCCCAGGCAAAAAUUUAUUCAAAACUCUAUCUGAAGCAGCAGGUGAGACAUGGAAAUACCAGAGCACUUCAAUGAGAAAAACUUGACAACAGGAUCUCCUUGCCAAGCUAGAUUGUGAAACAACAGGUUUUCAAGCUGUUAGAUAUUUGUGUCUUAGGUAAUUUUAGAGGACCCCAGAUUCAAUGCCUGUAUCAGUAUUUUCACCUUCUGAGUUCUAUGAAGCUGCCCAGGUAGUUUAGUACAGCUUUUUCUUACUUUAUUUAAUAUUUUUUUUUCUAAAAUAGGCUACACACAUUUUGGUGAAAAGCAGAUAUCACAGAAUCAUUUAGGUUGGAAGACAUCUAAGAUUAAGUCCAACCAUUAACCUAGCACUGCCAAGUCCCCUACUAAAUAAUGUCCAUUCCUCCAUGAAAGCUCUUAUUUUUAUUUUUUUUUUGUCAAAAAUUUAACAAGGGGGCAUUUUCCUGCAAAUCUUGUUUAAGCCAAUGAAGCUCUCAAAUUUGUGCAAGGGUAAAAUUAGGUUAAGGAAUUAUUCUGUUUUGGAAAGGAAAAAUCAACUCCCUUGCUCAUCAAAUGCCAUGCUUAAAUACCUGCUCUAUUAUGGAUAAAUAAUUACAUUACCUCUGAAAAAUGCCAAUAGAUAAUAUUACUAAACCACUUUUGCACUGAUUGCAUAAAUUUAAAAUUGCUUCUCUAUUUUGAAUUCAAACAUUUUUGCAGAUACAUCAAAAUUGUCUAAGUAAAGCUGCUUCCAUGUAGCCCUGCUACAUGGAGGAAGCAGGAUUGCCAGUCACAUCCUGCACGGUAUAAACUUUCAUUGGCUAACUCAAAGUAUACAUUUUGUGCUUGUUUUUAUGUCCGAUACAUAGCGUUUGUUCCUCAGUUGCUUAGAAAAUGUACUCAUGUCCUUGCAGAUGUAUCUUGGACUUUGAUUUGAGUCUGAUGAUCUUUAUGGUCUUUUAAAGUUACUUUACAUAGAAGCUUUUCCAGUCAUUUGCAGUCACCUGCUGUUGAAGCAGUGUGGUUUUGCUAAAAUUAAUCAAGAGAUUUUUGACUAGUAUUAGGAUUUUCAUGAGAGGGUGGAAGAAAGAAUGGGGCUUAAAUGGCUUUGAUUUCCAGGCUAUUAAGCAGUACUGAUUAAAGUCUCAUAUGGGUGUAGGACACUGUGCAUUUAGUUUGCUCAACCAGAGCUCCACAGCAACCUCUGGGAAAAUGGCAUGCCAAUGUACAAAUCAAGAGCUACUGAAGCACUUAUAUUAGUGAAGAAAGUUCUCAGAGCGUCAGACCAUAUGGCUGUUCAAACCAGAAAACCAGUGGUCUCAGAUGCAAGUAAAAUGUUAAUACGAUUAAAUGCUUCAAUAUUUUUUCCUCAUAAUUAUAGAAUGAAUAUAUUCACUUCUUUAAAUGUGGGACCAGUUUUAUUAAAAUCAGCGCAACAUGAGCACAUUCCUAAUGUUAAUUGUAUGCAUAAUGGCUUUGCUGUAUGAGAUCAAUUCUGUAAACAGUUUGGUCUAAGCUUAUAUUGCUCUGCUUAAGGCAUCUGGCCAAUUUCUGAUUGUAGCUGCCACCAGCAACCUCUUUGUCUCGCAUGGGAAAGCAUCCUUAGAUGGGCAGAGUUACAUCCCAGUGUGUCUCUCCACCAACACUGCAGUGAGCCUGGAGAGAUAUACUUCUAAUUUGCAGUGUUGUUUGGAUGCCUAAAUUUAGGUUGGCAAAAGCUAGGCUCUUGAGUAUAAUUUUACUCAUCACAUAAGUAACCACACCGAGAUCAGUGGUAUGGAUGUAACAAGUUACUUAUUUUAAUGUGUUUACAGAAUUGAGCCCAAAAUGUAUUGCUUCUGCACAAAUCCAUGCACAGUACAAGAUGACUUCAAUAGUAAGAAAACAGAUUCAUUUAAAAUUGUUCACAAGCGAAUCUGCAUCUUGAUAUCAGGGAAUAAUAUGUGUUCAUUGUGUGGGGUAUUUGAAUUCAUUCCUUUCUUUGCUAAAUAAAUGAAUGAUAAAACAAG